AUGAGUUUUAUAUUGCCUAUAGUGUCUGUUUUUGGAUUUCUUGCUUCAAUAGUUGCAUUUGGUAUAAGUGUGGAGUAGAAACAUAUUCUAAUAAUUUUAGUUUAAAAAUUCAAUUGGGAUCAAUGUCUUUGGACAUUAGUAGAACAGCAUUUUUUAGAACUAGAGAAAUCUAUGCUUCUUAGAUUCCUUAUUUAGAAGUAUAUAUAUAUAUUUGAGUUGAAAUUCAUAGGCAAUAUCCUUUUGUAUAUUUUUAUUCAUAGCCAUAAUAAGAACGAUAGAAUAUUUUAAGAUGUAAUAUGCAAACAAAAAAUAAAUAGAGAUUACAAGAUGGUUGUAAGUAUGAAUGAUGGAGAGUCUGAAAUGUAUUAUUUAACUAGAGUUAAAUUAUAAUAAGCCCUUGAAUGGAGUAAUAUAGCUGUCACUUAAGCAUUUAUAAUAUUAACUUUAGUAUUAUCUAAUUUUAAUUAGGCAUUAGCUUUAAUUAUUGGAAUAGUAUUUUCCAUAAAUGGUCAUUUCUAUGCAUAGGAAUUGAUUAAGAAAUUUAUAAAUAUAGAAAAGUUAUCAGAUUCAGACAAGUAUGAAAUUUUUAUGAUAGAUUUUAGAAAUACUUUAUCAGAACUUGAUAGUUAAUCUUUAAAAUUUACAGUGAUUGUUGCUUUAAAUGCAUUAGCUUUGGCCUGUGUAUUCUUCCAAUUUUUAAUAAUUAUAAUAAAAAAGUUGAGAUUAUGA